UUGGCUGUGACGAAGAAAGCAAAUUUGUUAGAGCCCUCACGAAUCGAAAUUUCAGAAAACGAGUUUUGAAGGGCUAAUCUGUAACCCUCAUAUCCUGCAGCAUUUAAUGUUGUUGAUCGCCCCAUCGGAGGUCAUGUUGCUGUAUGCGUAAAUUCAUCAAACAUGUUAUCUGCAUACCUGUUCUACAAGCUCUCUCCUAUCAAGAUUUCAGCUAAAAUCCCUACGGCCUGCUUUAUUUUGCUUCAGAAAGGUCAUUUGCUUUCUAGCUCAAUUUUUGCCAGGGGGUCUAGAAAUGAUUGUUGUGCUAACUUCUGUAGUCUUGCUGAAGCAAUUGAUUCAGGUUAUGGUGUGAAAUCAAGAACUGCAAACUCUGCAUUGGAUGAAUAUUCACAUUCUUAUAUUGUCCCUUACCUUGUUAACUCAUGUGGGUUGCCAGCAGAAGGGCUAAUUUUCUAUCUAAAAGAGUAACGUUCAAAUCCCUUGAGAAGCCCAAUGCAGUUUUGGCGUUCCUCAGAGAUCAAGGAUUCAGCAAAGCCCACAUAGCAAAACUUGUUGGAGCAGCACCACAGAUUCUCUUUUACAAUCCUGAGAAGAUCCUUUUGCCCAAGAUUGAAUUUUUCAGCUCUAUAUGGGUUUCAAGAAGUGAGUUAACCAAAAAUCUUUCAGCAAAUCACAAUCUACUGAGAAGCAGCUUGAAGAAUAAAAUAUUGCCUCUUUAUCAUUGCCUUAAGAGCAUGUAUGGAACAGAUGAUAGGCUUACCUCUCCUAGAAUAUGGCGUGCUGUUUACUUCUCUAAAGACCCCACAAAGAAUCUUGCUUCCAAUAUUGCUGUUCUAAGAGAACUUGGAGUUCGAGAAUCAUGCAUUAGAUUAUUAAUGACUCGUCAUCCCGCUGCCGUAAUGGUAAAUGAUAAUCGUUUCAGGGAAGUUGUAUAUGAGGUUAAGAAUAUGGGAUUUGAUCAUCUGAAAUCAACUUUUGUGCUAGCUUUAUAUGCUCGGUUUGGGAUGCGUAAUAGAUUAAACUGGGAACGGUGUUGUGAAGUGUAUAGGAGUUGGGGUUGGUCUGAAGAUUUGGUGCGAAAUGCAUAUGGAAAGGAUCCUAACUGUAUGCUUAUUUCAGAGCAAAAACUCAGUAGGAUGAUGGACUUUCUUGUUAACAAAAUGGGUCUGAAUUCGCAGACAGUUGCACGAUAUCCUGUUAUUCUCCAUUUGAGUUUGGACAAGAGGAUUAUCCCCAGGGGAUCUGUUAUUCAUCUUUUGCGCUUGAAGGGCUUCAUUAGAUGGUACACGCGUUUAUAUUCUAUAUUCAUUCCUGGUGAGAAGUACUUCUUGAGCAAAUUUGUCAUUCCAUAUGAGAAGCAAGUACCACAGCUCCGUGAUGUUUAUCAGGGAAAGAUGGGGAUUUUUGAUGUAUGAUUUGGAGAUGCAUAGAGGAAAGAUUUUGAAGCAAUUAAUAUUCUUUAAAGAUCAUCUGAGUCUCCCCUCAGGCCCCCUUUUUCUUCUUUUUUAGCUUAGAACUCCUAAUGUAGUUCCAGUAUAUUCAUGUAAUUAGCCAGUAAAAUUUCAAUGGUGACUUUUCCUUUGAGCAUGUCUUACUAGAAUUGA